AUGGAGCAGGAAGCUGCAAGAGAGGAGGAAGAGAGAAAAGAAGGCUUGAUAGAGUUCUAUGAUUCCUUCAAAGACAUGUUUGAGUUCUUCUGUAAGAACACCACCAUCCACGGCACCAUCCGCCUCGUGUGCUCCAGCAGCAAUAAGAUGAAGACAGCUUUCUGGACGCUGCUCUUUCUUGCCAGUUUUGGCAUGCUGUACUGGCAAUUUGCACUCAUGUUCAGCCAAUACUGGGCCUACCCUGUUGUCCUCACCAUGUCGAUGCAUUCGGAGGCCAAGAUGUUUCCAGCAAUUACCAUCUGCAAUCUGGAUCCAUACAGAUUUGAUCUGGUUAGCGAGCACUUGGUUCAGUUGGAUCGCAUGGCAGAGAAAUCUGUUAGUGUUCUGUAUGGCAUCAACACGUCUGCCAGCUUAUUCCAUGUCAACGAGAAGAGCAUCCACAUGAGAGACUUGCCAAGCGCAGGCAAUCACAACAGAUCCAGCUUCAAACUGAGCCCAAACUUCUCUCUACUGAGAACAACUGAGUUCAAUAAUAGGACAGGAAAGAGACAGUCUCUUGUGGGCUUCAGACUGUGCAAUGCCACAGGUGGGAAUUGCUUCUACAAGACCUAUUCAUCUGGGAUGGAUGCAAUCCUUGAGUGGUACAGGUUUCACUACAUGAACAUCAUGUCCCAGCAGCCGGUUAUAGUCAACAUUUCUGAUCACGAGGAGAAGAUAGAAGACAUGGUCUACUCCUGUCAGUACGAUGGGGAGCCCUGCAGGCCCAGUGACUAUGUUCACUUUCACCACCCAGUCUUUGGAAGCUGCUAUACUUUUAACAGCGAAGGAACAGACUCCUUCUGGACAGCAACAAAACCAGGAAUUCCUUAUGGACUUUCCCUUAUCCUGAGAGCAGAGCAGAAGGAUCACAUCCCACUCCUGUCUACAGUAGCAGGUGUGAAAGUGAUGAUACACAACCACAACCAGACACCAUUCCUCGAGCAUGAAGGCUUUGACAUCCGACCAGGCAUUGCCACCACCAUUGGCAUCCAGCAGGACAAGGUGAAUCGCCUGGGUGGCAAUUAUGGGAAAUGCACAACAGACGGCAGUGAUGUGAAAGUUAAACUCCUCUACAACUCCUACACCCUGCAGGCUUGUCUGCAUUCCUGCUUUCAGCACAUAAUGGUUCAAAAAUGUGGCUGUGGGUAUUACUACUACCCACUGCCUCCUGGGGCUGAGUACUGCAACUACAACAAGCAGCCUGCGUGGGGGCACUGCUUUUACCAGCUGUACAGCAGGCUCAGGAAUCACCACCUGAAUUGCUUUGACCAGUGCCCCAAGCCUUGCAGGGAGUCGCUGUACAAGGUGUCUGCUGGGACAGCCAAAUGGCCAUCGGAGAAGUCUCAGGACUGGAUCCGCCAAGCUCUCAGGCAUCAGAAUGGAUAUAAUUCUACGAGCAACAGGAAGGACAUUGCCAAGGUGACCAUCUACUACAAGCAGCUGAACUACCAGUCUCUGAAUGAGUCUCCUUUGCUCUCGGAUAAUCUGCUUCUGUCCAGCAUGGGAAGCCAAUGGAGUCUGUGGUUUGGAUCCUCGGUGCUGUCUGUAGUUGAAAUGUUAGAGCUGCUCAUAGAUACAUUGGUGUUGUCUCUCCUCUUCUGCUACCAAAGGUUCAGAUCAAAGACACUAAAGGUAGCUCGUGCCCCCUCCAUCCCUAGUGUGAGCCUGACCCUAGAAAGCUACCGUGUCGUGCAGGAGGCUGGAAAAGGCUCUGCUUCAGGAGUGCCUAUGGCCACAGCCAGCAGCAGUGACCCACAUCCUGCCCAGCUCUCCAGCAAGGCAAUACCAGAGCUCUGCCCAGAGGUGGUGCUGAAUGGCUUCAGGUACAUGAAGGGCAGCUGUCUGGAAGGAGAACGAAGUCUCUAAGAGCGUGUGUUCAGCACAGAGCCAUCAGAAGGGCUGCAU